CAGCAGCCACCUGGCUCCAAGGUCGGGUUCAGUCUCUGAGGGUGGACCCCAGAGCAAACCAGGGGGCGGGUUCUCGCCCCUCCCAGACGUGAUCCGAACCGGUGCUGGGGGUGCAGGCCGGCGAUUCCCACGUGGUGCACUUUCUCGGGAUUAACGGGUUAGGUUCUCCCUAACUUAACCUGCCUGUGGGCCCGCUGCGGGAAAAGAUGCCGAAGAUCAAGUCGGGGGCGAGCGUCCGUCGCCGCGAGCGGCAACAACAACGCCGGGAACUGAAGAGCGCCGGAGGACUCAUGUUCAACACGGGCAUUGGGCAGCACAUUUUGAAAAAUCCUCUCAUUGUUAACAGCAUUAUCGAUAAGGCUGCCUUGAGACCAACUGAUGUGGUGUUGGAAGUUGGACCUGGAACUGGCAAUAUGACUGUAAAGUUGCUAGAAAAGGCAAAAAAGGUAAUUGCCUGUGAACUUGACCCAAGGCUGGUAGCUGAACUUCACAAAAGAGUUCAGGGCACGCCUUUGGCUAGCAGACUCCAAGUAAUGGUGGGUGAUGUGUUGAAAACGGAUUUGCCAUUCUUUGAUGCUUGUGUGGCAAAUUUGCCUUAUCAGAUCUCCUCUCCUUUUGUCUUCAAGCUGUUGCUGCACCGACCUUUUUUCAGAUGUGCUAUACUUAUGUUUCAAAGAGAAUUUGCUCUCCGACUAGUUGCAAAACCUGGAGAUAAAUUAUACUGCAGACUCUCAAUUAAUACUCAACUGUUAGCACGUGUGGACCAUCUAAUGAAAGUUGGAAAGAAUAACUUCAGACCACCUCCCAAGGUAGAAUCCAGUGUUGUACGGAUAGAACCUAAGAAUCCACCACCACCUAUCAAUUUUCAGGAAUGGGAUGGCCUAGUAAGGAUCACCUUUGUUAGGAAAAACAAGACACUGUCUGCUGCAUUUAAGUCAAGUGCGGUGCAACAGCUAUUGGAAAAAAACUACAGAAUUCACUGUUCGGUCCAUAAUAUUAUAAUACCAGAAGAUUUCAGCAUAGCAGAUAAAAUACAGCAAAUCCUAACCAGCACAGGUUUUAGUGACAAGCGGGCCCGUUCCAUGGACAUAGAUGACUUCAUCAGACUGCUACAUGGAUUCAAUGCAGAAGGUAUCCAUUUUUCUUAGGUAUCUGCAACAAAGAAGUCUUCAAAUUCAAGAGAAGAAAGUGGAAUUAUAUAUUCUUAGUAAUGUAAGAUGAACUAUGCUUGAACACUUAUGUGCUUGACUAUUUUUGAUUUACAGUUGUCACCAUUUAUUACUCUGAAUUUUUAAGGAAAUCAGUUCUAAGUAUCCAAGGAUUUUGGGGGGGGGGGCUUGAUUUUAAUAAAUAAGGAAGGACCCAGUUUAUACAUGAUAAUCUUCAAGUUCAAGAGCCGCAGACACGCACAACUUUACACUUAAGAUUAUUUCUAACAGUGUAUUGCAUAAAUGUUACAUUUCUAUUUUCUAUGUUAUAUAUUACUGCGAAGAUCUAAUUUUUUAGGUUUUUAGCUCUUUAUUCCUUUGUCCAAGUCAUAAAAAAGUCAAACUAUGCUUAGUCACAUAGUCCCCAUACCAUUUCUUCUUGUUAGUCAUUUGUAUAGUAAAGCAUUUAUUUCUUAAAAUGUUA